CCUUGUUGUAUUGAAAAGAUCUGGAGAAGGAUUAACUGGAAAAAAAGAACCGAAGUUUUGGCGGAUUAGGGCUUCUCAAUGUGGCCCUUGCGCUUGGGCUUUGCCCCUCCUUUUGCACUUGCACUUGCAGAAUCAAAUUUUGGCGGGGCCGCGGGGCAGUUGAAUCUCUACGCUUAUCGAUAUUCUUUGCCCCGCUAUCAGCAAAGGAAGUCUUAGGAGGUACCUAGACGGCAAUUAGAAAUGCAAAGGGAAGCUAUGAAACGUCAUAGUAUAGAUAAACCGGCAUACCGGGCAGGAAGACGAAGCUUGGAUCUUAAAUUAUACAACUAUGAUUCAUAGUGACUACCUCGUUACAGAAACCCCACAACAAAAGCCACUAUAAGCUUAGAAUUGGUAGAAUUGGUAGAAUCCAGCCAGUCAGACUUGUGGAUACUUAAACGUUACUGCAACCAAAGAUAACUACCUAACCUAAGUCACUUCACCACCUAAACGAUAUAAAUACCUAGGUAGGUACCUAGGUACUUUUGUUGUUUCGUCAACCUCCCCGUCGGAGCUAUUUAUUUAGUUAUAACCAACUACCUGAGCUUAUUUUGAUGGUCUCCAGUACCGACUUCAUCUACUUCAUAUCUUCAUAUCUUCAUAUCUUCUCAUUUUGAAAACACAACACCGUCAACAUGCCCGUCGUCACUCCGGAGAAAUUAGCUGCUCUACAGCGACAUGCGGAUGAUAUAAGAAAUAUCUGUAUCCUAGCUCAUGUUGACCAUGGCAAGACGUCCUUAACAGACGCCCUCCUUGCUACAAAUGGCAUCAUUUCGCCAAAGCUUGCCGGCAAGAUCCGGUAUCUUGACUCACGACCCGAUGAGCAAAUCAGGGGUAUCACUAUGGAAUCUUCCGCUAUCUCCCUAUACUUCUCUAUGCUCCGAAGACCUGCUCCGGAUGCUACACCCGUACCUAAGGAAUACUUAAUCAACCUAAUAGACUCACCCGGACACAUUGAUUUCAGUAGCGAAGUGUCAACUGCAUCAAGAUUAUGCGAUGGUGCUGUUGUGCUGGUCGACGCUGUCGAGGGCGUUUGUAGUCAAACAGUCACAGUUCUCCGCCAGGCGUGGAUGGAGAAAUUAAAACCUCUUCUGGUUUUCAACAAGAUAGAUCGACUGGUUACCGAGUGGAAAAUGACUCCAGGUGAAGCUUACAUCCACCUUAGCAAGCUUCUAGAACAGGUGAAUGCCGUUUUAGGAAGUUUCUUCCAGGGAGAACGUAUGGAGGAGGAUCUGAACUGGCGAGAACGAAUAGACGAGAAAGUUGCCGCAGUUGCUGCAAGAGAGGUGAAACUCGGAGAUAUCGAGAGCGAAACGGGCGAUCUACAAUUCGAGGAACGAGACGACGAAGAACUAUAUUUCGCCCCUGAGAAGAAUAACGUCAUAUUUAGCAGCGCCAUUGAUGGCUGGGCCUUUACCGUGCGACAAUUCGCCAGCUUAUACGAGAAGAAGCUCGGCAUUAAGCGAAGUAUUAUGGAAAAGGUGUUAUGGGGCGAUUUCUACUUAGAUCCGAAGACUAAGAAGGUUCUUGGCCGAAAACAUCUGAAGGGCCGUAAUUUAAAGCCUAUGUUUGUCCAGCUUGUGCUCGAGCAAGUUUGGGCCGUAUAUCAAGCAACUACUGGUGGAGAUCAUGGAAAGGGCGAUCCGGCUCUGCUCGAGAAGAUAACAAAAUCGUUAAAUAUCACAAUAGCGCCGCAUAUUGCCAGGUCGCGAGAUCCCAGACUACUACUUACAACGGUUUUUUCAUCAUGGCUACCACUAUCAACAGCUCUUUUAGUGUCUGUCGUCGAGUCUCUGCCGUCUCCAAAAGUGGCCCAGGCUGAACGUUUGCCCGAGUUGUUAGAAUACUCUCCCGGGUCAUCUCACAUCGAUCCACCGGUUAAGGAUGCGAUGGUGAAUUUCAAAACGUCAAAGUCAGACCCCAUGGUUGCAUACGUUAGCAAGAUGGUUUCUAUACCCGAAAGCGAACUUCCGGAGAAUAAGAGGCGGACUAAUCAGCUCAGCGCCGAGGAAGCCAGGGAACUGGCCAGGAAAAAACGGGCGGAAUUCGCUCGUGCUCAGGCGGCAGAAAGCAACGGAGUGGAUUCCCUUAGCACGGCUCUCGAUAGUGCGAAUUUAGAUGACUUCGUACCCGAAGAGGAGAAAAAGAUCGACCCAGAGCAUUUGAUAGGGUUUGCACGGAUAUAUUCAGGUACUCUAUCUGUCGGAGACUCACUUUACGUCCUGCCACCAAAGUUCUCCCCCGCAAAUCCCCACGCGGCCCCUGAGCCUCAGAAGGUGACUGUAACGGCUCUAUACAUGCUCAUGGGCCGCAACUUGGAAUCGCUUGAUUCCGUCCCGGCUGGUGUCGUUUUCGGCAUUGCCGGCCUCGACGGUCAUAUCUUAAAAUCGGGAACACUAUGUAGCCAAUUGGAAGGUUCCGUCAAUUUAGCGGGUGUCAACAUGGCGGGAAAACCUAUCGUGCGAGUUGCCCUUGAACCGGUUAAUCCAGCCGAUCUGGAUAAGAUGAUCGAGGGUCUCAAGCUGCUUGUGAAGAGCGAUCCGUGUGCAGAGUACGAGCAAUUCGAAAGCGGCGAACAUGUUCUGCUUACGGCUGGUGAACUACAUCUGGAAAGGUGUCUGACGGAUCUGAAGGAGAGAUUUGCAAGGUGCGAUAUUCAGGCCGGUACGCCUAUCGUACCGUAUAGAGAGACGAUUGUGCGCGCGGAGGAAAUGAGACCACCAGCAAAUAAGGAAUUGGGACGCGGCGUUGUUAUUGGCGUCACGAACUCGAAACAGGUCAGCAUCACAAUUCGAGUACGGCCAUUACCCGAAAACGUUACCGAGUUCCUCCUCAAAAACCCAGGCGCUAUCAAGCGUCUCUACUCAGAACGAAAUGCGCUAGAGGAACCCGAACAAGAGAAUGGAAUCGACGGAGAACAGAAAAUCGAGGAUGAUGAUGAUGAUCUACUCGAAGGCAAAAGCAUAUCUCUCGACGAGCUGAAAAAGCAACUACAGGCGAAUUUGGAGAGUGGCAAAGGACGUGAGGGGUGGAAAGGUGUCGUCGACAAGAUAACAGCUUUCGGACCGAAGCGAACGGGUCCAAAUCUACUCAUCGACGCAACUAAAGAUAGCUAUUUCCCCAAGGUGUUCGCUCCGGAGAAGCAAGCGGAUGACAGCAGCCCAAAGGCAGACGAGACACUCAAGGCUGCACAUCUAUGUGACAAGGUUACAUAUGCGUUCCAACUGGCCAUGAACCAAGGUCCGUUAUGUAACGAGCCUGUACAAGGUGUAGCUGUCAUAAUUGAAGACGUGACUGUCGCGCCAGCGGAUGAGGAGGCAUCUGCACGGGAUCGUCUUGGCCGGCUUACAGGCGAGGUCAUCAAGAUGGUCCAGCAGUCUAUUCGCCAGGGCUUCUUGGAUUGGUCUCCACGCCUAAUGCUCGCUAUGUAUUCAUGCGAGAUCCAGGCAAGCACUGAGGUCCUUGGACGCGUAUACGAUGUCAUUACGCGGCGCCGCGGCCGCGUUCUCUCAGAACAGAUGAAAGAAGGCACGCCGUUCUUCACCAUCCAAUCAACGAUCCCCGUGGCGGAAUCAUUCGGGUUCGCGGAGGAGAUGCGCAAGCGCACGUCGGGUGCCGCGCAGCCGCAACUCAUCUUCCAAGGGUUCGACAUUCUGGUUGAUGAGGACCCGUUCUGGCAGCCCUUCACCGAAGAUGACCUCGAGGAUCUAGGUGAGCUUGCCGAUAAGGAAAACGUUGCGAAGAGAUAUAUGGACGGCGUAAGGAGGAGGAAGGGUCUGCUAGUUGAGGGUAAAGGCCAGAGGGUUGCGGCUGAGAAGCAGAAGACUCUGAAGAGGUAAAGGUGCUAAAUGGCCUAACCUAGGUAGUGAAUGAGUUUUGAUUAGUUAAGGUAUGGGUGCUGGAUAGGGAGGAUGUUCGGAGUCAAGUGAUGCGUAAAAUUCAUAAUGCGAUAAUUUAGGAGGAAUACGUCCUGCGUUGUCGUCAAAUAAAUUUUGUGUGCGCCUUGUA